ACAACACUAAAAGACGUGGUUUGAACACAGUUGUUAAGAGACUAAUAUCGCAAAGAACACACACAUACACACAUACACCCAUCUGUUGAACAUUUCAGAGUAACUUUCGCAUACACCCGUUCGUUAAACAUCGUUAAGACUUUACGUUAUUGCAAGUUAAGUUGAGCGUUUCCCUUCCCAAGCUGAGGCAAAGAGAUGGAUCGAGUAAGGCGAGUCUCUGAAAGAAGCUAUGGCCGAGUCCGAAAUUUCUCAUCCCGAAGUCUCCGACGUCUGAGGACCCCGCCGAGACCCGACGCACCAUCUGCUUGCAUAAAGUACAUCCUGUUCUUCGUGAAUGUGCUCUUUUGGGUUUUUGGUGUGUUAAUACUCGUCAUAGGCUCAUACCUUAUGACCGAGUUCAAGAAUGCGUGGAAUCUGGAUAGCAUUCUUUAUGAGCCGUCGGUUGUCAUUCUGAUUGUUGGAAUUCUACUUUUCUUGAUUGCAACUGUUGGCUGUAUCGGAGCCUUGAGAGAGAACACCAUCUUGUUAGCCAUCUACGGAGGGGCGGUCACUCUGUGUCUUAUUUUCCUCGUUAGCGCAGGAAUCGCGGUCUACAUGCACCAAGACAAAGUGGUAGAGAAGUUGAAAGAUGACCUUAAGCACUACCGCGAUCCGGAUAAAGAAAAUUUCCAGUUCUUGAUUGACAGGCUUCAAACAAACUUGAAAUGCUGUGGUGUUAAUUCAUACACUGAUUGGCAGACGAAUAUAUACUUCAACUGCUCGUCUCCCGGAUCGGAGAGCUGUGGAGUGCCCUUUUCUUGUUGCAAGGAAUCAAUUCAACUCAAUAGGCAGUGCGGUUACGAUGCGGGGAGAAUGAAAACCGACGCUGAGCGGCUGGAGAAGGGUGUGUACUCCAAGGGCUGCUGGACGAUUGCGAUAAGCUUCAUCAUGGAUAACCUGUAUCUCGUGGUCGGAAUCACUGCUGCUGUCCUGAUCCUCAUUAUCGUGGGCUCGUGCAUGGCGUUCUCAUUCCGAGCGCAAAUCCGCGAAGUGCAGAAAUACGCAAAACUCCAUAACCAACAUGAGCAGCCGGUGACCAUUAGUUGAGUCACGAGGCUCAACACGCUAUUGUCAUUGGCGCACAAAAUUGAGUUACAGCUUUUUUCAUGGAAAAGCUCUGCAGCUUGUUCCUAGAAAGCAGGUUAGCACUAACCCAGGGCUCAAACGGCUAUCUUGACAUUUGAUUGGAUAAAAAGGGCAUUCAUCCCUGGGUUAGCGUUAACAGCUUUCUAGGAACCCGGCCCCUGGAGUUUACAUCUUAUUCUUAUAACAUUUUACUUAGCUAAAUGUAUGCUAAUUCAUUGAUUAAGCUAAUUCAUUGAUUAAGUUUCUAUUUGAAACAGAUAUCAGGGGGAAAAAAUGGAGAUAAUAACAGGAUGAUGGUACUUUUAGUUUAAUAACUAAUAAAAUGGCAAGAUAAUGAUGAAAA